UCAAGUUCUAUAACAUAGUUUGUGCUUUUGUAUCAGUAGCAAUUACUUCAAAGUGCAAGGAAGGACUUUUUAAAAGAGUUCCCUUUCUGGUUGGGUUCCAAUCAGUGAAAAAGUAUGGCACCCAAGGCGAGUGCAUUGGUGGAAGGAACCUUGACCAGUGAGGCUUUGCAGGAAAUCGCUCAAGUUGCCCACGUCGACCAAUGGAUCGAAUUCAAGAAGAAAUACGAUGAUAUUGGUGAUUCCAGGCUCUGGCGGAUCCACAAUGACCUCUACGAUCUGUCAGAUUUUAUCGACAAACACCCGGGAGGGUCGAUGUGGAUUGCCGAAACCCGAGGUACGGAUAUCACCGAGGCAUUUGAAGUAGCCCACGUUUUUGGUGACAAUUUUGGCAAGAUUCUGACCAAGUACCACGUGCGAUCAGUGGAAAAUUCUCCUCGAAAAUCUCCCUUCACCUUCAAGUCGGACGGAUUCUAUCAAACGUUGAAACGUCGUGUGCAAAAGAUCCUUAAGGAAGUGGGCACGGGUCCAAGUCAUCAAAUGCUGUUGAUCCAAGAUGGCUUGUUCUUUUCCUACGUGACUUUGCUUCUCCUGACUGCAUGGCUCGGGGGUCCUUGGAUCCUAGUAGUAGCCACGGGGUUGAUCCUGGGCAUGACCUGUAGUUGUGCCCACAAUUUCUUCCAUCAACGCGACAACUACCGAAUGUAUUUGGGUGACUUGUCCGCCAGUCAUUCACGUGAUUGGCGGAUCUCCCACAUGCUUUGCCAUCAUUUGUUCACCAAUUCUGCCAUCGACGUAGAAUCCAGCGUGUUCUUGCCCUUCAUCAACUGGUUCGUGGUUCCUGAUAAGACUUGGACCCAGUUGCACCUUUUCCCAAUGCUCUAUCCAUUGAUGUAUUUACUCACUUUCCCGGUGAAUCUGGUUCAAAGGCCUUUCUUUGUCCUGAAAGGCGAGACACCAUUUCGUUUGGAGUACGUUUUACCGUACGUCCCGUUACUUGUGUUCCUUAGUUUCGGGCUAAGUCUCGUCAGCACCAUCCUGGUGUGGUUUACCAUGCACGGCAUUGCUGGGUUUUGGAUUGUAUUCACCUCCUUAAUUGGAACCCAUCAUCACCCGAGUGUGUUUCACGACGGUGAUUACUUACCCAAGGAUCUAGAUUGGGGAAUCAGUCAGAUAGAUACCACAAGAGAUGUGAACAAGUCGGGUAACUUGUUCUUGAUUGCCACCUCCUUUGGGGAUCAUCUGCUGCACCACUUGUUCCCAACUGUGGACCACUCCAAGUUGGAUUACUUGAUCCCUGCAUUGAAUGAAACCCUGACCGAGUUUGCCAUUGAAUAUCCCGUAGCAAAUCAAUGGAACAUGGUUCUGGGUAUGCAUAGCCAAAUGACCCGAACCAAACCAAACACUCACAUGGAGAGACGACAAAUGAGGAUCGGCUAACAUCCAUGCCGUUUCCCUACCAAUCAUGAAAUAUACGGUGGAAAUAUACCUUUUUGGGAGGUUUAUAUAUUUCAUAUUUGUCAUUUUGGGGUCAAAAUCUAUUCGCCGACUGAUUUAUCAUCUACGCGUGCGGCAUUGAGGUCUUCCGAUAGACAUAGGUGUUGAUAGUUACUGGUAGUAUGAGAAUACUGUGCCACCUGGGUUUGAGCACCGUUUUGAGCCAGGUGAAGAGCACAAAAAAAUAUAUCUGCUUGGAUGAUUGUCCGCCCAACUUUCGGGAAGGAAAAGUCCAAAAUGAUCAAUCUAAAGCGCAGCUUACAUUAGUCUAACAUAAUUAUAAAGCUCACAUUGUGACCUCGUUCUAGUAUGUAUAGAGUAAGGGAUGCAUCAA